UGGCCCUUUUAGAAACGGUGUCCUGGACUAUCUAGGGUUCUUGUUAAGCUCUCAUUUUCUUCCCUUCUUGGGGUCAGGGGUCCUGGGCUGCACCCUCUAUUCGGGCCAGUCAGCGCAACGCGGCACGUAGCAUGGCAGAAAACCGAGAGCACCGCGGGGCCAUCGAGACUGAGCUGGAUCCGGUGGAGUACACUCUUCGGAAGCGGUUGCCCCAUCGCCUGCCCCGGAGGCCCAAUGACAUUUAUGUUAACAUGAAGACUGACUUUAAGGCUCAACUGGCUCGCUGCCAGAAGCUGCUGGAUGGAGGGUCGCGGGGUCAGAACGCAUGUACUGAGAUCUACAUUCAUGGCUUGGGCCUGGCCAUCAACCGCGCAAUCAACAUUGCCCUACAGCUUCAGGCGGGCAGCUUCGGGUCAUUGCAGGUGGCUGCCAAUACCUCCACUGUGGAGCUUGUUGAUGAGUUGGAACCAGAGACUGAUACACAAGAGCCGUUGACCCGCAUCAGAAACAACUCUGCCAUCCACAUCCGAGUCUUCAGGGUCACACCCAAGUAAUAAAAUUAGUCUGGCCCACCUUAUCCACCCACCCUCUCAGCUAGGCUCAGGUAUGACUCUUGAGAGUACUGUCAUGGACCUCCUACCAGAGCUAUAUAAGGAAAAGCCUGUUGUCUCAGAGCUCAGAGGACUCUGAUUGACAGGGGGAGUGUCUCUUGUUGGGCCAAGCCACGGGGCCUUCCUGAAUCUUUGUGGUCUGUAAUCAACCAUUGUUCUAGGCAAUAAAAAGUAUAGAAUUGUGUUAGUGCCCACCCACCCCACUGCCACUGCUUCUCCCUUUUGUAAAGUCUGUGUGUUCCUGAAAAGGAGAGUAGGAAACUUAACAAGUGUUUAGAUGCAGGAGGGAACCUGAGUGCCUUCACAGAGAGUAAGAUUGUAAUUUGGACAUUGUAACAUAAACUUUAGUACAAUGCAGAAGCCUGACAACCCAAUGUUUGCUUUAAAAUUUCUCAUUCAGAGGCAAGCCGAAUGGGUGAGGUGUACACUCUUGCCUGCUGAAUGCAGCUGGGAUAGUUGUAUGCUCAGAAGCAUCAGGCUCUGCUAGAGGUUCUCAGGCACAGGAAAGGUGAGGGUUUAAUCAUGUAUCAUGCUCCAUGGCAGAACUGGCAUAUAGCUUCAUUUGCUUCCUGGUCCUGUGGGCCCAAAUUGUUCCAGGCACCAAUAGUCCAGAGCCCUUGAAACCCUUCUGGCUGGAUGCUCUUGUGGAAAAAGAAAGCCUCCUUCCUGAAUUACUGGGCACACAAAUAAUAAAUACAUUUUGUUUGCGUGUUUUUAGAAAGAUCUGAUCUCGUGUUUAUCAAACUAGAGUCAUCUAAAGCAGUGUUUAUCAAAGUGAGUGGUGGUCCAUUUGCGAGUCUUAAAAUCAUUUUACUGGAUCAUAGACUUAAAAAGCAAGUGAAGUACAACUGAAGUGACAGUUUUGUUGCCACUCUUUCAGUUAUC